AUGAAUGGCAUACGGCAAGCCAGUUUCAAUUACAGCUUGUCACCGAACAGUACAAUGUUUGCAUCAGUCAAAAAUUUACUCGAAAACCUUCGCAGACAUGAGACGUUUUUCGAUGUACUCUGGAUUGGUCACUGGAUUAGUGAUAAGUUCGGUUUAUCGCCCUUGGAAUACAGUGGUCAAAACAAGCUGCCUACUUACAAACGCGUACCAUACGCAUACCUUUUCGCAGUGUUUGUACAGAUUGCUAUUUUUGUUCUCUACAUCAAAGCGGAUACCGUAGGUAGCAAAUCGAGCUCCGUGAUUCUACGGUAUGGAAUGCGUUGCGUACUUCUGGUCGGGACCUUAUUCCUGGUCAUCUCCACGAGUCUAAAUGUUUGCUUUCGCAAGCGGGGCAUGGACAACCUUUUAGAUAUUCAUAAAUUUGACCUGAAAUUAAAAACCAUAGGAUAUCAAAUUGAUUUAAAAGCCCAAAACCAUUGGUUCAAUAUGCUUGCUAUAUGGAUGACAGUGUUUUUAUGGCUAAUUAUCGCAGUUGCCGCUUAUUUGACAUAUCUAGCUAUGAACGGUAUCUUGAUCACAUUUGUUGUGGUGUUUGUGGGCGUCAGUAUCACAAAUAUCAUGGUUACGACUCUUUGUGGACAACAUGCCAUCCUUCAGUAUGCAGUGCAGUAUCGUUUUAAGUCCCUGAAUCGAUAUUUAUGCGAAAUCUUCCCAACAGAAAUGGAGCUUGUGAACCAUUUUCGUCUCUUCUACAUAUCCCAAGAGAGAUCAGUAAACAGCCGUCGAGUCGUAGAAAUAGCUAACCUACAUAGUCGUCUGAUACAAAUUGUCGAUCGGUUCAAUCAGCAUACUGGUAUACAGAUACUUCUGACGCAUCUGGGAGCGACAUGUGUUACCAUUCUUAGCUGGUUCACAAUGUACACAAUUUUGGUGAACGCGGACAGUGUAAGUGUUUACAUGGGAAUUCAUAAUUUCCUCUGGAGUGUCUAUUACGUUAUCUAUCAGAUGUUCAAUGCAAUACUUGGACAAAUGAUACAUUCAGAGUCCAAACGAAUGGGUAAACUUAUUCAUAAAGCUGUUGGAUUUGUUACUGAUGAUGAAAUUCGCGAGAAGUUGGUGCAUUUUUCUGAUCAGAUUCAUCAAAGAACAGCAGCAGUUUCAUGCGAAUGGUUCGCAAUUGACAGUGCAUUGAUUUUCUCGACACUAGGAGCUAUUACUACGUAUCUAGUUAUUUUGAUUCAAUUCGAUGUAACUUAUCAACAACUGUAUCCUUCACAUGAAAUAUAGUCUACAG